GAGUUGACGUAAUCUCUCUCUGUAAAUCAAGGCAAUCUAUCAAUUCUUCUUUUCGCUUGUGUGCAGAAAGACGUCCUCCUUUCUAUCUCUACUGGAAAAUAAACUCGCCGAGGAGUUCACCGGUUGCAACCCUAAAAGCUCCAUCCGGCGGAGGACGCCGCUAUAAUGGGUGUUUCGUACGAAAGUGGACCUAAUAGCAGUUUUCGUGCUCGCGGAUUCAGAUAUAUCACAUAUUGACGCCCGCUAGCUAACGUUAGUCCUCGGCGCUUGUCCUGUGGUGGCGGUGGUGUCCUGGUGAGAGUCUACAAACGAGGGGUAUAUAUAUAUAAAGGAAUCUUACUGGGAGGCAUUACUAAACCGCAAACAUGUCUGGGGCGUCUGUAAAAGUCGCCGUUCGAGUCCGGCCCUUCAAUUCCAGGGAGAUGAGCAAGGAGUCAAAAUGUAUCAUUCAGAUGCAAGGCAACACUACAACUAUUUCCAACCCCAAAGCCCCAAAGGAACCAGCAAAGACCUUCAGUUUUGAUUAUUCCUACUGGUCACACACUACGCCGGAAGACCCCAGCUUUGCAUCACAAAACCUUGUCUACAAUGAUAUCGGCAAGGAAAUGCUGGCGCAUGCAUUUGAGGGCUACAAUGUCUGCAUCUUCGCUUAUGGCCAGACAGGAGCUGGCAAAUCCUAUACCAUGAUGGGCAAGCAGGAGGAAGGGCAGGAAGGAAUCAUUCCCAUGCUCUGUGAAGAUCUGUUUGAGAAAAUCAAUGAGGACACCAACAAAGAGGAGCUCUCCUACUCGGUAGAGGUCAGUUACAUGGAGAUCUACUGUGAACGGGUGCGAGAUCUGCUCAACCCCAAGAACAAAGGGAACCUACGAGUGCGAGAACACCCGCUAUUGGGUCCCUAUGUGGAAGAUCUGUCCAAGCUAGCUGUCACCUCCUACACAGAUAUCGCUGAUCUAAUGGAUGCAGGCAACAAGGCCAGAACUGUGGCUGCAACAAACAUGAAUGAGACCAGCAGCAGGUCACAUGCUGUUUUCACCAUCGUCUUCACACAAAAGAAACAUGACAGCGAAACAGACCUCUCCACAGAAAAGGUCAGUAAAAUUAGUUUGGUAGACUUGGCAGGGAGCGAACGAGCAGAUUCCACUGGAGCUAAAGGCACCAGGCUAAAGGAGGGCGCAAACAUCAACAAAUCUCUCACCACGUUAGGAAAAGUUAUCUCUGCUUUGGCUGAAGUGGAUAACUGUACCAGCAAGAGUAAGAAAAAGAAGAAGAGUGACUUCAUCCCGUACAGAGACUCUGUUCUGACGUGGCUGCUGAGGGAGAACCUUGGUGGAAACUCAAGAACAGCCAUGGUCGCUGCCCUCAGUCCUGCAGAUAUCAACUAUGAUGAAACUCUCAGCACCCUCCGCUACGCCGACCGAGCUAAGAACAUUAAAUGCAAUGCUGUCAUCAAUGAGGAUCCCAACAACAAGCUGGUGCGUGACCUGAAGGAUGAAGUCGCUAGACUGAAGGAGCUGCUCCGUGCCCAGGGCCUGGGAGACAUCCUGGACAUUGAUCCUAUGGGGGAUGAUUGCCCAGGAAGUGGAAUCAAAUACCUCAAAGACAUUCAGAACAAUAAGCAUAGAUACUUGAUAGCCUCAGAGAAUCAACGCCCUGGCCAUUUCUCCACAGCGCCUAUUGGUUCCCUGACAGCCUCUCCAUCUUCUGGCUCACUGUGCAGCCAGGUGGGUCUUCAAUCGGUCACCAGCAUCCAGGAGCGCAUCAUGUCCACACCUGGAGGAGAGGAGGCCAUUGAAAGACUUAAGGAAUCAGAAAAGAUCAUUGCUGAGCUCAAUGAGACCUGGGAAGAGAAACUGCGAAAGACUGAGGCAAUCCGCAUGGAGAGGGAGGCCUUGCUUGCAGAGAUGGGUGUGGCAAUUCGUGAAGAUGGUGGCACUUUAGGGGUCUUCUCUCCUAAAAAGACUCCACACUUGGUUAACCUGAAUGAGGAUCCUCUCAUGUCAGAGUGUCUGCUCUACUACAUCAAAGAUGGGAUAACAAGGGUUGGUCAGGCCGAUGCUGAAAGACGACAGGACAUUGUUUUAAGUGGUGCUCAUAUCAAGGAGGAGCACUGUAUCUUCCGCAGUGAGAGGAAUGCCAAUGGAGAUGUUAUCGUCAUGCUGGUGCCCUGUGAGGGAUCAGAAACCUACGUCAAUGGCAAACGUGUUGAGGAUGCAAUCCAGCUCCGUUCAGGUAACCGUAUCAUUAUGGGAAAGAACCAUGUGUUCCGGUUCAACCACCCGGAGCAGGCCAGAGCUGAAAGGGAGAAGACGCCAUCUGCCGAAACCCCCGUGGAGCCGGUGGAUUGGACAUUUGCUCAGAGGGAGCUUCUGGAGAAGCAGGGCAUCGACAUGAAGCAGGAGAUGGAGAAGAGGCUCACUGAAAUGGAAAUCUUGUACAAAAAGGAGAAGGAAGAAGCGGACCAACUUCUGGAACAACAGCGACUGGUGUACGAGAGCAAAUUACAGGAACUUCAGAAACAGGUCGAGACUAUUUCUCUGGUAGCCGAGACACCAGAUGAAGUAGAGUUGGAGGAGGAGGAGGAAGAGGAAGUGCCGUGGACUCAGCAUGAGUUUGAGUUGGCUCAGUGGGCCUUCAGGAAGUGGAGGUACCAUCAGUUCACCUCCCUCCGUGACCAGCUGUGGGGAAAUGCUGUCUACCUAAAGGAGGCCAACGCCAUCAGUGUGGAACUAAAGAAGAAAGUCCAGUUCCAGUUUGUGUUGCUGACAGACACGCUGUAUUCUCCGCUGCCCCCUGAGCUCCUGUCGCCAGAGCCAGAGAAAGAGCGCGACACCAGGCCUUUCCCUCGCACUGUGGUGGCUGUAGAGGUUCAGGACCUGAAGAAUGGAGCCACACACUAUUGGUCCCUGGAUAAACUCAAGCAGAGGUUGGACCAGAUGAGAGAGAUGUACGACCGUGCUGGAGAAAUGGCUUCUGCCAACCAGGAGGAUGGUGAGGGCACUCUGACAGGAAACGACCCCUUCUACGAUCGCUUCCAUUGGUUUAAACUUGUGGGGAGCUCUCCCAUCUUUCACGGUUGUGUCAACGAACGCCUGGCCGACCGCACGCCCUCGCCUACCUUCUCCACCACUGACUCAGAGAUCACAGAGCUGGCGGACGAGCGCCAGAGCGAGAUGUCUGACUUGAUUGACGAUGAAGCGUUUGUGGACGACACCAGCUCGGACGCCGGCACAGAGGAGGGCUCAGACAUCUUCAGCGAUGGCCAGGACCCCUUCUACGACCGCUCCCCCUGGUUCAUCCUGGUGGGAAGAGCAUUCGUGUACCUGAGCAACCUGCUCUACCCUGUACCACUGGUGCACCGUGUUGCCAUAGUAACAGAGAAGGGCGAGGUGCGUGGUUUCCUGCGUGUGGGGGUUCAGGCUAUAGCUGCUGAUGAGGAGGCUCCAGACUACGGGUCAGGAGUUAGACAGUCAGGAACCGCCAAGAUCUCCUUUGAUGAUGAGUACUUCAAAAAGAAUGACUUUCCCUCUACGGUUAUGACCCGCUCCGGCAUGUCCCUGGAAGAGCUGCGCAUUGUGGAGGGUCAGGGUCAGAGUUCAGAGGUCAUUACACCCUCAGAGGAGCUCAACAGAAUCAAUGACAUGGACCUCAAACUGGGCAACAUCGAAGACACCAAGCUGAGUCUCGGUGACGGUCUCGCAGGACAGCUGGAGAUCGGCAGCAUCUUUACCUUCCGUGUUACUGUGCUGCAGGCCAAUGGCGUCCCACCUGAGUACGCUGAUAUCUUCUGCCAAUUCAAUUUCCUGCAUCGUCAUGAUGAGGCUUUUUCCACCGAACCUCUGAAGAACACUGGCAAAGGAGCUCCUCUGGGCUUUUACCAUGUCCAGAACAUUUCAGUUGAGGUGACAGAGUCUUUCAUCGAGUACAUCAAGAGCAAGCCCAUCGUGUUUGAAGUGUUCGGCCACUACCAGCAGCACCCGCUGCAUCUUCAUGGCCAAGACCUGAUCAGUCCUCCAACACCAUCAAGGAAGUAUUAUCCUAUUCCGAUGCCUCUGUCUAAACCAGUUCCAGCCACCAAGUUAAACACCAUCACCAAGUCCAACCUGGGUCAGUGCGUCAGCAAGUACGACCUGCUGGUCUGGUUUGAGAUCAGCGAGCUGGAGCCCACCGGAGAGUACAUCCCAGCUGUAGUGGAUCACAGCGGAGGACUGCCCUGUCAUGGCACCUACCUACUGCACCAGGGGAUCCAGCGGAGGAUCACGGUGACUCUCAUCCACGAGAAAGGAAGUGAGCUCCACUGGAAGGAUGUUCGUGAGCUGGUCGUGGGUCGCAUCAGGAACAAGGCUGAAGUUGAUGACAGCGCUGCCGAUGCCGUCCUGUCUCUCAACAUCAUUUCUGCCAAGAACAUCAAGUCGUCCCACAACUCUAACAGGACUUUCUACCGUUUCGAGGCAGUGUGGGACAGCUCCCUGCACAACUCCCUCCUGCUCAACCGAGUCACUCCAUAUGGAGAGAAGAUCUACAUGACCCUGUCUGCAUAUCUGGAGCUGGACCACUGCAUCCAGCCUGCUAUUAUUACCAAAGACAUCUGCAUGGUCUUCUACUCCCGAGACGCAAAGAUCUCCCCUCCCCGUUCCCUAAGGAACCUCUUUGGGAGUGGAUACUCCAAAACCCCUGACUGCAACCGAGUCACUGGCAUCUACGAGCUGAGCUUGUGCAAGAUGUCUGACAGUGGAAGCCCAGGGAUGCAGCGGAGGAGGAGGAAGGUCUUGGACACAUCAGUGGCUUAUGUGCGUGGAGAGGAGAACCUGGCCGGCUGGAGGCCCAGAGGAGACAGUCUCAUCGCGGAGCACCAGUGGGAGCUGGAGAAAAUGGAGCAGCUGCAUGAGGUGGAGAAGACCCGUCACCUUCUCCUGCUGAGGGAGAAGCUUGGAGAUGCGGCUCCAGUGGGACCAGCUCCCACCACCAAGUCCCUGAGUGAGUUGCUGUCCCCCAGCAUGAGCACGGACUCCUUGUCCACCUCCACCUCCAUCUCCUCACAGAUCUCCAGCACCACCUUUGAAAGCGCCAUCACACCCAGCGAGAGCAGCGGCUACGACUCCACCGACAUCGAGAGCCUGGUGGAUCGGGAGAAGGAGCUGGCCACUAAGUGCCUCCGCCUCCUGACACACACCUUCAACAGUGAAUAUAACCAAGUGGUCAACAGUAUCAGUGACUGCAAGCUGUCUGACAUCUCACCAAUGGGACGUGACCCAUCAGUGACCAGCUUCAGCAGUGCCACCCUCACCCCAUCCUCCACCUGCCCUUCACUGUCUGGUUCCAUGGACCAGAAGACCCCAGAGAACAGUUCCCGUGCCUCCAGUCCUUCCUGCUCAGACUAUGAAAACUUCCCAAUGGUUCCCACUCUGGAGACUUCUUACUUAGCACGGGCUGGAAAGAACGAGUUCCUCAACUUGGUGCCUGAUAUUGAAGAAAUGAGGCCAGGAUCUGUAGUGUCCAAGAAAGGUUUCCUAAGCUUCAUGGAGCCUCGCUCUAACUCAUGGGUGAAGCACUUUGUGGUCGUGCGCCGGCCCUACGUCUUCAUCUACAACAGUGACAAGGACCCGGUGGAGCGGGGCGUCCUCAACCUCUCCACAGCGCAGGUGGAAUACAGUGAAGACCAGCAGGCCAUGCUCAAGACUCCCAACACGUUUGCUGUGUGCACAAAGCAUCGAGGAAUCCUCCUGCAGGCCAACAAUGAGAAAGACAUGAACGACUGGCUGUACGCCUUUAAUCCUCUGCUAGCCGGAACGAUAAGAUCUAAGCUGGCGAGGAGGCGCAGUGGCCUAAUGAAGAACUGAGUGAGUGGAGCGGCACACAGGAAAUCACGGCUUCCAUCCUUUCUGGAAAGCCUUUGAACAUACCAAGUGUUAACACUUAUUAAUCAUUGUGAUUCUUGACGGUUUUCUCUUGUAAGUAGACUUGUGGCUUAAGUCUCCUUUCAUGCGACUAAAAGUUUCAGUUCCAGAGGAAUUUGCCUCCCCCUCUCCCUACAACAACCCUCUGCCAACUUAGCUUUCUCUCCUCCCUUCCUCCUCCUCAGCUUUUUGUGUUUUUGUUUUUAUGACAAUGUUCAGGUCUAAUUUUGUUACGCUUUGUUGUCAUUCCCUAACUAGUAGCAUGUUGUAAUAGUCUACUUGUGUGUGCACGAUUCUUCAGAAACUGUUCUUUCAGGCCACUAAUUUUCAGUUUGCCAAUCAUCUGUAAAGAAAUUGUCUCUAUCAGUGUUAUUUGUCUCAAGAGAAGAGUUUUAUUAUUUUAAUUUAAAAUAUUUUUUUAAAAUUAAUAUGCCCGCAUGAUAACUGCAGCAGUCCUCAGGAGAAGACCAGGUUUGCUUACUGAAAAAAAUAAAUGAAAACAAAUCAGAUAACCUACAGUUGAAACCAUGAAGGAAUAAUGAACAAAUAUCUCCAUGUGACGUAUCAGUUGUGCUACAGAAAGCAAGGCUACUUCAAGAUCUAUUGCUGCUAACGAAUUCAUAGAUUUUAUCUGCCGCCUCUAGCUCCCGACCUCCACCGCCUCCUUAAACGGCCUUUAGGAUCAAAAUGUUAAGUCUGAAAAAUUUCUCCCACCUCAGCCAGACACGAGGGCAGCACUGGGGUUCCUCUGUCAUCCAUGUGAUACUUAGAUCCCACUCCUAAGUCCAUGUACAUACACCAUCCCCAACCCUCCCCUCGAUAGUGCCGUCAGUCAGUGAGUGAUUACUUACAAUCAUGCAUUUGUGUCAACAUAAAAAAAAACACACGCUAACUGAAGAAACAAGAUUAUUUCAUAUCUCAGCAGUGAGAAGAUGACGAUGGAUUGUCCCUGCAGCAGUGCAUAAUUUGUCCCUGUCCUUUUGCUAUUUCAUCUCAAGAAAAAACAAAAAAACAAAACAAAAAAAAAAAACAGGGUUUCAGGGGAGGAGGAAGGCGGACGUGAUUUGUACAUACAUAGUCUGUUCUGGGAUCAGCGUGGUAGUAAACUCUCAUUUAAGACAUUCCUCUCAGCUCCUCUAGCUCUUAUCAGUUUUUUCUUACACACCAACACGUCGAGCCUCAGACCUCAAGAGAGCCUCAAUAUUCUCUAAUAUUUAGUUUAGCCGUCACGUACGCGUGAUACUGAAGACAAAACAGAACAUGAUGAAAUGGGAGGAAGAAGUCAGAAAGAGAAUGAAGUUGCGGUGCUUAAGCCUUGACGCCAGUAGUUAAUUGAUGAAGCUGCAAGCACGUAGACUGCAGGACAGAUGAUAGUCUAGUCACUGUCAUGAUAAUGAAGUGAGUUAUGUUCAGCAGCACCAGGUUGACAUGUUUAUUUUCAGUUUGCAUCCUUCAAUUCAAACCUCUUAACUCAUCGAACUCUCACUCUGUUGACUUUAUUUUUUUUUUAUUAUUAACAUUGUUGAUUUUUUUCUAUUAUGCUUUUAAUCAUUCCACAGGGAAGUUUUAUAUGAAAUGUAACUGAGGGCAUUUGUUUCUUAAUUUCUAACCAGCUUUAUUGGUGUUUAACCUUAUUUUGCACAUUAACACAUAUCUAUAGCAAGACGAGGGCAGAUCACACAUGUUGAGUCCAAGAUUAUUUCUGAGUAUCAGGAACAAUGAUAAGAGCACAUAUCAAGGCUACACUGGAUAGCUGUUUCUCGACAAAAAGGUUUACUAGAAAGAAAGAAGUGAUAUUAAAGGGACGACAUAUACUAACUCAAAGGUUUUAUUUCUGAUAUUGUUUAUGAAAAUAUUUGCUCUGUACAUCAUAUUAUAGCUGCUACAUUUGGCUCCUGGUGACACUUUGGUGCCUCUUUCUCUACAAAUGUGCAGAUGGGCGUUAAAGACUCUGGCCAACCAACCAGCAGUAUGCCUGUUGUAUCACAUGAAAGGGACUUUAGGGUCAAAUGUGUUUGAAACCGAGGAAGCCACGUCUGUUACAAGUAUUAGUGGCAUUAUUGGUGACAUUGCUGAUGUUAAGACAGAAAACAUUUCUCAGAAGUCAGAAUGAAUGAAAAUUGUAGAGUGACACUGCCCUCAGGUCAGCCAGCCUGCUGGUCAGAGAAACAAAGACACGCUGAAUUGUUUUUGAGGAAAUGUAUCCGUCAACAAACCCGCACAUGAAAAGAAUAAUAAUGAAAAACAUCUAUGCACUGUUCAAAGCUCAAAGUGCAAUGUACCUCAGCUUCUCCACGUGUGGGAUACAAAUUGAUACGAAUACGUGUCAGAGCAAAUAUUUUCACUGACUAAUUUGCAGAGGUAUAUUAUUUUGGAUUGUGUAUUUAUUGUUUGCAAUGUAUAUAUUAGUUUGCAGCUCUUUGCACAUAUCAAUAAAAGGUUCAACUAACUGAUCAAAUAAAGUCUGUGCGGUUUAGUUGUUCUACUCAGAAUGAACCAAAUGAUGGUGUGGCAGCCUCUUUCGGUCUGAACCGAGAGAGCGUUGAAUGUACUAUGAAGAUGUGUGUUUGUCCAUCAUUUAGGAAAAAAGGAUUUAAAAAAAAAUGUAACGCACUGCAUCUUUUCAGGGGAGGUGAGUUACAUUAGUGCUUCUUCUUCUUUAUUAGAAAGUGGUUUGAGUGGAAGUCUGCUUAUGAUUUGAAGAAUAUUUACUCACGACUCAUGCUAGCCGGCCACUUGAAUUCUAACAAAAUGAGGGUGGUUUUUAACUCAUUUUAUUUUUUUCUAAUAUCAGGGAAUAUUAUAAAAAGUAGCUAGUGACAUCUAAAAUGACAGUAUACUAUUGUUGUGCUGGUGUCUUUCUUCACUUCAACACUUUUUUUUUUCCGUUGAUGCCUUUCAAACUAAACUAGCCAUGAUAUUUUCCAUCUUCCCCUCUGACAAUUAAUAUCAGUUCACUGCGUUUCCCUUUGGAUUUGUUCACCAAAAGAAAAAGACAAACCAUGACAUUAACACUGUACAUUAUUUGUCAGACUGGUUUCAUUUUCAUACUUAUUUUGUAAAUAUCUGUGUUGUAUGGAGCUUGAAUUAAAAUGUAAAUAUGUUUACUGUAUUUGUAAUAAUUAUAAUCCAUUCGCUGUAUAGCAUAGAUGUGUCAUGCAGAUAUCCUAAUUCUGUGUAUGGUAAUCUUGCACCAUUGAACUGUUUAGUGAAUGAGGCAACAAUAAAAGUGCAAACUGUGCAUUAGCAUAACA